UGGCCUGAUACCCCACAGCCCCCUCCCUACCAGCAAGCUCCUCAACCCGCAGCCGCUCCUAUGGCUCUGCCCUCUGCCCCGCCCAUGGCUCAAGCCCCAGGAAUUGGGGGAGGAGGGCCUUCAGCCAGAACGAGAAGUUGACGAGGAGCCUCCCCGGAAGGACCAGCAGAUUCAACUGUAGCACUCCCUCUCAGAGCGGUCGGGGCUCCCCUGAUUUACAGCUAUUACAGUAUUGGCCUUUUUCCUCCUCCGAUCUUUAUAACUAGAGGACUAACCACCCCUCUUUCUCUGAGAACCCCAGAGGGCUCACAAGCCUAAUUGAGUCACUGAUGUAUCCCCAUCAGCCGACGUGGGACGACUGUCAACAGCUCCUACAAACCCUCUCCACCACCGAGGAGAAGGAGAGGAUUCUCCUCGAAGCUCGGAAAAAUGUCCGAGACGAGGCCGGGUGACCAGUCCAGACCCCAGUCGAGAUAGAGGAAGGAUUCCCAUUGACCCGACCCCAUUGGGAUUAUAACACAGCACGAGGUAGGGAAUGACUGUCCAGUUAUCGCCGGGCUCUGGUGGCGGGUCUCAGAGGUGCUGCACGUCGGCCCACCAAUCUGGCCAAGGUAAGGGAGGUCAUGCAAGGGGCAACAGAACCCCCUUCAGUUUUUCUAGAGGCUUAUGGAGGCAUAUAGGAGGUAUACCCCAUUUGACCCUACGUCUGAGGGACAACGGGCUUCAGUGAUUAUGGCUUUUAUUGGGCAGUCAGCCCCAGACAUUAGAAGGAAGCUACAACGGAUCGAGGGGUUACAGGACUACACCGUAAGAGAUGUGGUAAAAGAGGCAGAGAAAGUGUAUCAUAAGAGAGAGACAGAGGAAGAGAAGAUAGAGAGAGAAAAAAGAGAAAAGAGAGAAGACGAAGAUAGAAGGGAUCAGAGACAAGAGAAAGUUUUGACUAGAACUCUGGCCGCAGUGGGAGAGAGAGACAGGAGAGACAGGACUAGACAGCUAGGGAACCUGGGAGACAGGAAAAGGCAGGAGCCAAGGAGGCCUGGAGGAGAUCGACUGAGCCUGGGACGAAAUCAGUGUAGGAUCUGCAAAGGUACUGGCCAUUGGGCAUUUGAAUGUCCCAAGAAGAAGCAGGUGAAAGUAUUGUCCCUGGGAGAUGACGAAGACUAGGGGAGAUGGGGCUCGGCCCCCCUCCCCGAGCCCAGGGUAACUUUAGACAUGAAGGGGACUCCCAUACAUUUCCUGGUUGACAUGGGUGCUGAGUUUUCUGUUCUGCAGAUGCCUUUGGGAAAAUUAAAAAAGGGUGAAAAGACUGUAGUGAUUGGGGCCAGCGGACAAAAAUCGUACCCAUGGACCACCUCCUGAAUAGUGGAUUUAGGAUGAAACAGAGUGACUCAUUCAUUCCUAGUCAUACCAGAGUGCCCUAUGCCCCUAUUAGGAAGAGACUUGCUAACCAAAUUAAAAGCAAACAUAUCUUUUGCCUCUCACCAACCAGAAGUAUCCUGGGAAGUAGGAGAGCCUUGGGCUCUGAUGUUGUCUCUACAAUUAGGAGAAGAAUACCGGCUUUACCAAAAUAAACCGAGGCUUCCCGAGGGAAUCCAAGACUGGCUUGACCGAUUCCCUCAUGCUUGGGCCUAAACGGGAGGUAUGGGGAUGGCAAAGCAAGUUCCCCUGGUGGUAACUGAGCUUAAGUCUGGAGCCACUCCCAUUGGGGUCCGACAAUACCCCAUGAGUAGGGAAGCUAGGGAGGGCAUACGCCCUCAUAUUACCAGGCUCAUUCAACAAGGAAUUUUGGUUCCAUGCAAGUCUCCAUGGAACACCCCCCUCCUCCCCGUAAAAAAGCCAGGGACCAAUGACUAUCGCCCGGUACAAGAUCUCAGAGAAGUUAAUAAACGAGUCCAAGACAUCCACCCUACAGUGCCAAACCCCUACAACUUACUCAGCACACUACCACCUGAGCGAAUCUGGUAUACUGUCUUAGACUUUAAGGAUGCUUUCUUUUGUCUGAGAUUACAUCCCAACAGCCAACCUUUGUUUGCCUUUGAAUGGCGCGACCCCGAGAGUGGACAAGUCGGACAGCUGACAUGGAUGAGGCUGCCCCAAGGAUUCAAAAAUUCACCUACAUUGUUCGAUGAGGCUCUGCACCAAGACUUAGCCUCUUUUCGGGCCAAAAAUACACAGGUAACUCUCUUGCAGUACAUUGAUGACCUUCUACUGGCUAUAAAAACCCGUAAAGACUGUGAGAUUGGGACUCAAAACCUCCUGGUCAAGCUAAGCGAACUGGGAUAUCGGAUCUCCGCCAAAAAGGCACAGUUAUGCCAAAAGGAGGUAACUUACUUGGGAUACACCCUAAGAGAUGGACAGAGAUGGCUUACAGAGGCCAGAAAGCAGACGGUGAUGCAGAUUCCAACCCCGACCACAUCUCGCCAGGUGAGAGAAUUUCUGGGCACUGCGGGGUUCUGUAGACUGUGGAUCCCAGGGUUCUCGACUAUGGCAGCCCCACUAUACCCCUUAACUAAAGAAAAAGGAGAGUUCACCUGGACUAGAGACCAUCAAUUGCCCUUUGAGACUCUCAAGAAGGCGCUGCUACAGGCCCCGGCACUAGCCCUACCAGAUCUAAGUAAGCCUUUUAUCCUAUAUAUUGAUGAGAGAAAUGGCGUGGCCAGAGGAGUCCUAACCCAGGCCUUGGGGCCUUGGAAACGACCGGUGGCCUACCCAUCAAAGCAACUGGACCCUGUGGCUAGUGGGUGGCCUUCCUGCUUACGAGCCAUAGCAGCAAUGGCUAUACUGGUCAAAGAUGCUGACAAGCUGACUAUAGGACAGAAUGUUAUGACAGUGGCCCCACACUCGCUUGAGAGCAUUAUCCGACAGCCACCAGACCGCUGGAUGACCAACGCCCAGAUGACUCACUACCAGAGUCUAUUGCUGACUGAACGAGUAAACUUCACCCCCCCCCCCCCCCCGGCUAUCCUCAGUCCUGCUACCCUGUUACCUGAGGCUGAUGAAGCCCCUAUAUACAAAUGUGAGUAAGUGUUGGCAGAAGAAACCGGAGUCCGGUCAGACCUCACAGACCAACCAUGGCCAGGGGCAAUGACUUGGUACACUGACGGAAGCAGCUUCAUGGUGGAAGGUAAGAGGAGGGCCGGGGAAGCGGUGGUGGAUGGAAAGGCCGUCAUAUGGGCCAUCAGUCUGCCUGAGGGCACAUCGGCCCAAAGAGCGGAGCUCAUCGCAUUGAUCCAGGUCCUAGAGCUGGCAAAAGGAAAGACUAUUAAUAUUUACACAGACAGCCGGUAUGCCUUUGCUACAGCGCAUAUCCAUGGGGCGAUAUACCAGCAGCAUGAACUCUUAACGUCUGCUGGAAAAGAUAUUAAAAAUAAAGAAGAGAUCCUUAGCCUGCUAGAGGCUGUUCACUUGCCCCAUAAAGUGGCAAUAAUACAUUGCCCAGGACACCAAAAAGGGACCGGACCCAUAGAAAAAGGAAAUCAAAUGGCAGACCAGGAGGCAAGGAAGGAAUCUCAGGGACCUAUGACUUUGACAAUAAAAACUAAAUCUCAACCAGAGACCAAAGAGACUGACAAAAGGACUCUCAAAGAAAAAGAGGGGCAAGAAUAUUUGGCUGAUAUACAUCACCUUACCCAUCUGGGGGCUAAAAAGUUAAUAGAAUUGGUUAAAAGGUCCCCUUACUAUAUUCCUGGAUUAAAGAAGGCUGCUGAAAAUCUGGUCAAAAACUGCCGCGCCUGUGCGUUUACUAAUGCUGGGUCCAACAGGCUCCUAGAAGGAAGGCGUUUGAGAGGAGAUAGACCUGGAACCUAUUGGGAAACUGAUUUUACGGAGGUAAAGCCUGCCCGGUAUGGAAAUAAAUAUCUACUAGUUUUUAUAGACACUUUUACAGGCUGGGUUGAAGCAUUCCCUACCAAAAAUGAGACUGCCAACGUGGUGACCAAGAAGAUACUGGAAGAAAUCCUACCCCGUUUUGGGGUACUCAAGGUAAUUAGGUCAGACAACGGGCCUGCUUUUGUCUCCCAGGUAAGUCAGGGAGUGGCCAGACAACUGGGGACCAAUUGGAAAUUACACUGUGCGUAUAGACCCCAGAGUUCAGGACAGGUAGAGAGAAUGAAUAGAACAUUAAAGACUUUGACAUAAUUAGUCUUAGAGACCUGUGGAAAUGAUUGGACAGCCCUUCUCCCUUAUGCUUUAUUUAGGGUCCGAAACUCCCCUGGCCCUUUUGGUUUGACCCCUUUUGAAUUGAUGUUUGGAGCCCCGCCACCCAUUUAUAUGUCUAUAACUGAUAAAUUUAGCCCAGACGUGUCUUUCUCUCCCUCUUCCAAUCUCCUGAUUCGGCUCAAGGCCUUAGAGACAGUAAGAAAAGAGAUAUGGACACAAUUAAGAGAAACCUAUAUUGCUGGUGAUACACAGGGGCCGCACCAGUUUGAAGUGGGAGAAGUCGUCCUGGUGAGGAGACACCGAACAGGAAACUUAGAGCAGAGGUGGAAAGGACCAUAUCUGGUACUGCUGACGACGCCCACCGCGGUCAAAGUUGAAGGAAUUCCCACCUGGGUCCACGCGUCGCACGUUAAGAGAGCACCUCCUGAAGCUGAUCCAGAUAGAUGGACACUGAAAAAGACUACUAAUCCCCUUAAGUUAUACCUGUGUCGUAAGGGCGACCUUUCACUAGAGACUUCAAUCCGCCCGGGGAAGGUCUUUAACUGUGCUUGACUUUCAGAUGGGAGGAAGGAUGCUUUCUCCAUGGAUGUUUUUAUGUCUUACAGUUGUAAGUGCCUCCCCGUAUCGAAUCUUCAAUUUUACCUGGGUUAUUACUAACCAAGCGGGGGACAUUGCAAAUUCCUCCUCCAUAGUCUCUGCCACCACGCCUUGGCCUAAUUUAGAAGUAGACCUCUGUCGGCUGGCCCUAGGAGCAGACACUGCAUGGGGCACCCCUGAUCACUAUUUGCCCCAACCUAAACCUGUAGACACCCAACAGAGAUAUAGCACUGUCCCAGGAUGCUGUAAUGCUGCAGCCAGGACAUACUUGACUAUGGCACCCAUAUAUGUCUGCCCAGGGCCACACAGAGAUCGCUGCCUGACCACAAAAUGUGGCUAUGCCCCAGACUACUAUUGUGCCUCUUGGGGAUGUGAGACGACUGGGGAUACUUACUGGAACCCAUCCGCAAGUUGGGACUAUAUUACAGUUAAGAGGAAGAACCCCCCGACCCAACAACUUAAUUUGGGACCUACACCCCUUAACUGAAACUGUGUUCAUAAUUGGUGCAAUCCUUUGGUUAUACCAUUCACGGAGACAGGGAGAGAACAACACUGGGAAGGCCGAGGAUACGAGUGGGACCUGCGCCUAUAUUUAAAAGGAAAGAAUCCUGGACUAACUUUUAAAAUAAGAUUACUUAAAUCUAUUCCAAAUCAGGAAAAAAACGUUGCUGUGGGUCCUAAUUCAGAGUUACACCAGAAUAACCCAGCCCAGAGUCCUAGAAAGAUAUCUGCUGACCUUGUCACCCCUCGGGCUCCUCCUCCUCCCCGCUCCAACCUUCAACCUACACUCCCUGCAGGCCCCCCUUCUACCGCUCAUCUCAUUUUGACUUUAGUUAAUGCCUCAAUACAAGCUGUUCAUGAGGCCAACUUCACGCUGUUAGAAGAAUGCUGGGUUUGUUAUUCCUCCACCCCACCCUUAUAUGAGGGAAUUGCCAAUUUUAAAAGAUUAUUGUUUACUAAUGAUACCUCUAGCUUAUGGUGGAGCCCACCGGAAAAACAGGGUCUGACUCUCAGUAGUCUCAGGCCUAGCUUUGUGUCUCCUUGGGCCCAACAUGCUGCCUCCAAAAGCCCUGGUAAAAGUUUGCCAUCAGAUUUUGUUGAUAAAUAGCUCCUUUCAAUAUAUUUCAACUUCUAACAACACCUACCUUGCUUGCUUGUCAGGAUUGACUACCUUUAUAGUUACCCAAGCUUUUCUUUUAAAACAUGAUUAUUGUGUACAGGUUGCCCUUCUUCCACACCUAAUUUUUUAUGAGGUUGAAGAGGUUUUAGGAUUAUGGGAAAAAGGGGCUGGAACUCUGUCCAGAACUAAGAGAGAACCCAUAACCACAAUCACUUUGGCAGUUAUUCUUGGAUUGGGAGCUACAGGGGCUGGGACAGGGAUUACCUCCUUGAUCACUUCUAACCAACAAUAUAAUCAGCUUAGUGCUGCGGUUGAUAGAGACAUCCAAGAGCUACAAUUGGGCCUAAAAAAAUCUUAAAGAUUCAGUUACUUCUCUCUCUGAGGUAGUCCUACAAAAUAGGAGAGGACUAGAUCUCCUUUUCUUACAGCAAGGAGGAUUAUGUGCUGCCCUUAAGGAAAAAUGUUGUUUUUAUACAGACAAGACGGGGUUAGUGGAAGAUAGCUUACAGAAAGUCAGAGAAAGACUUGAAAAAAGGAAGAGAGAGAGAUACACAAAAAGGGUGGUUCGAGUCUUGGUAUUCCCAGUCACCAUGAAUGACCACAUUGCUUUCAGCCCUGGCUGGACCUGUGCUUCUUGUCUGCCUAGCUCUAAUUUUUGGUCCCUGUAUAAUUAACAAAGGCAUAGCAUUUAUUCAGAACCGGAUAGACGCAGUAAAGCUCAUGAUCAUACAGAGACAAUACCAGCCUAUAGUUCAAUUUGAGACAGACCUGAGGGACACUGGUGAGACCAAAUAUGAGACUUGAUAUCAAAAUUCUAAGAUUAGAAUUAUUUAGUAGAAGAAGAGGGGAAUGAAAAGAAAAUUAUACAGAUUUAAGGUUUAAAAAUAUAAAAUUAAAAGAGUAAGUUUCAAAAUCCACAGACUCAGGGCUAAACACUGUCCAGGCAGGACUGACAGGCCAUAAAGAUAAAGAAAAGGAGUGCAGGAACCAGCCCAAGCUAUCAGGACUGACUCAUAAACCAUUUGGCAGGAGGACACCUCCCCCAGCUUACUCAGAGUCACACCUUAACCAGGUGUCCUUCAAACCCUGAUAAGCCCCUGGCUUCUAAAAUCCUGUAUGCUCCAGUCAGCACAUACUCUCCUGCUGUGCUGUAAUCUCACAGCCAUGUUUGAAUGAGCCAAUCACUUACAGCCGCGCCAGAAAUUAGGCAAUUGUGUGUAACUGCGCCAAACCUCCUAGCUUUCCCUAUAUAAACCCCUGACUUUUGAGUUUCGGGGUCGACUCCUCUGUCUCCUGCGUGAGAUAUGCGUCGGCCCGGAGCUCCGUCAUUAUUAAAUGGCCUCUUGCUUUUACAUCAAGAUCGGUUUCUCGUGUUUCCUGGGGCGCGCCAUCCCAAGACUUGAGCGAGGUUCUUUCACAUAGGCAGUCUCCAUGACAACUUGAGCUGUCUUUCUUCUGUGGUGUCAGGAGAGGAUGUGCUGAGACCACAAAUCUGUUUAUCAGGGAAUCUUUACAGAAAAUUUCUUAAGAUAAUAACAAAAAAUUAGAAUCUUGGCAGUCUUCAUCCCAGUUCUGAAGCUUUACCCAGAUUGUGUGUGAAACAAGUAACAACAAGAGUGGUAAGAAGCGUUUGCUUAAGCCCAGAAAGUGGACAGUGAUACAAGUAAACCUGAGACACUGAGUGACCCUCCUGGUACCUGUCAGGAAAAAGUAGAAGAAAAGCCACCCCCUGCACCCACCAUAACCACCAAACCUGUUAGAACUGGACCAAUCAAACCUUAGGCGAUCAAAACCGAAGAAACAAAAUCAUAAAGGCUGUGGUUUAUUGAGGGUGGGUGGGCAGGGAAAGUGAAGUCAAAUAAUGCCAGCAGCCACGGGGUGAAGUGAUCUGUGACACUGUCCUGUGAGAUACACAAGGGGCAUAGAGCAUUUUACACUGACAGCUGCUACACCGAUUACAACAAGGCUCCACAGGCUCGCACCUCCCGUGUAACAUUUGCAUCUUCAGUUGGUUUAUAUACAAGUGUGCAAACAGUCUGUAAGUGCGCACAGUUUAAUCUUAAGGAGCAUGAAACACCAGAAGUAGGAGAAGAGUGAUAACCACAGAGUAGCUCAGCUGGACACUGGGCAGUCCCAGUGCCCCAUCAGCUGUGGUUCUUUUGCUCCCUUGUGUUCUUUGGAUAUGUCUAUGGCAUUUCUAGGCUUGAAAGUAAAAUGAUGCUAUCUGGUGCUGGAUUGAGGAGCCUUAUUUUUUAUUAUGGCAGCUUGCUAUUUUUGUAACAUGGUGAUUUGGUUGAACACAAUAAAGUACAGUAGUAACUGAUCUCCCCUUCUUCCUGGAUGAGUGAGCAGAUGAUUAAAUGUUGGUGUCAGCAUCCUUGAGCAUAUUCAGAUGAGCUUCUGCUUCUGUUGAAAAGGAUGCUGUGUUUGAUUGUGGUCCGAAGCUUUGAAGCACUACUUGGCAUCUCCUUCCUUGGAGGUCUCACUGUUUAAACGUAACAGAUUUGAUAGCUUGUUGGUAAGGUGAGGUCCAGCUUGUCUCCACUAGGUCAUCUUCAUGUGAAUCCGGUGGUUAUACGGUUUUGUUUUAGGGAUAUUUCAUUUUUUUAAUAACGGUUUUAGCUGACAUUCAUGGAGAGAAUGAAUCCUUAGAACUGUGCCACUAGUGAAAGGAAAUCCUGUCUAGAGUAUGUUUCUUUACAAAGCUGUGUCACACACCAUCCUUUGGGCCCUCUGCUGGAAAAGUAGAAUCAAGUCUCAAAUAAUGCCUUUUAAAUUGUAUCCUCUAGUAUUAUAGAUGUAGGACAGUACUGUAUCAUACCUCUGUGGAUGUAAAAUAGCUUGUACCUGCUUUAUGAUACGUAGUAGUGACCGUGCUUUAUCAGAGCUGUUUUUAAUGAUGUUGCUCAGAAUGUUUUCUUUCCAGAUGAUGAUUGAGAAGCUAAUUUAAAAAAAAAUGGUGCCAGGUACCACAAGAGUAACAGAACUGUGCUGUUUUCUGGGGUUUUGUUUUUUUACUUUUUUUUUUUAAUGGAGUGUGCUGGAUGUCUCUACAGUUUUGUUCAGAUGACUGCAGAACCUGGAAAAGCUGUUGCUGCUGUUGAUGCAUAACACACUGCUAUUAUUGGUCUUUUUAUAUAAAUAUAAAUAUAUAUAUACAGAUAUAUAAUUUGAAUUUUUGGAAACUUUAGCUGUGCUGUCAACUUUGGAAAAAAGUAUCCCCGUUUACUGUGUUGAGUUGGCACUGUACAGAAAUUAACAGCCAUAUUGGUCUAGAAAUGUUGAACUUAAGUUUUUUCCAUUUGUACAGGGGUAACGCACUGUAUUAAAUAUGUAAGGUCUUAUCUACGUGGGUUUGAUUACAAAAACUAAUAAAGUAUUCUCUAAAUAAAAAAAAAAAAAAAA